CCUGAAAAUGCUACAAAACCAUCCACGACGUAUGUGAACUCACCCACUAUACCAAAUUCCUCUCCUUAUAUUCUUCAUUCGUUCUUCAACAAUAUUCAUUCAUCCCUUUCUCCAAACACAACUAUGAAAUUAAAGCCCAGAAGACCAAAAUCAAAUCAAUCACCACUCCUAUUCUUUCUCAUUCUCUCCCUCUUCUCACUACCCAAUGACGCCAAAUCAACCACCACCCUCAUCCAUCAAUUCAAAGAAGCCCCCGAAUUCUACAACUCCCCAGACUGCGCCUCCAUCACCGACACCCAAGACAACCUUAACAACCAUCAAAACGCCGACACCUACAUAUGUUCCGAGGAAGUAGUCCACGUGGCAAUGACACUCGACACAACAUACAUCCGGGGAUCCAUGGCGGCGAUCCUUUCCGUCCUCCAACACUCCUCCUGCCCGCAAAACAUUUUCUUUCACUUCGUCUGCUCCUCCAGCGCGUCCCUCCUACGCGCCGCCAUAUCCAACUCCUUCCCCUACCUCAACUUCCACCUCUACACCUUCGACGACUCCCAAGUCUCGGGACUCAUCUCCACCUCCAUUCGCUCAGCGCUCGAUUGCCCCUUGAAUUACGCACGCUCCUACUUGCCCAACCUCCUUCCACUCUGCGUGCGGCGCGUGGUGUACUUGGACUCCGACCUUAUCCUCGUCGACGACAUUGCCAAGCUGGCAGACACCCCGUUGGGGGACAAGGCGGUCCUUGCUGCCCCCGAAUACUGCAACGCCAACUUCACCGCGUAUUUCACCCCGAUGUUCUGGUCCAACCCCUCGCUCUCGCUCACCUUCGCUGAUAGGAAGCCCUGCUACUUCAACACGGGGGUGAUGGUCAUCGAUUUGGAGCGAUGGCGAGAGGGAGAUUACACCACCAAAAUCGAGGAAUGGAUGGAGCUGCAGAAGAGGAUGAGAAUCUACGACUUGGGUUCUCUCCCUCCCUUCUUGCUUGUCUUUGCUGGCAACAUCGCUUCCGUCGAUCACAGGUGGAACCAGCACGGUCUCGGCGGUGAUAACUUCCGUGGACUCUGCAGAGAUCUCCACCCUGGCCCUGUUAGUCUCCUGCAUUGGAGUGGCAAAGGUAAACCCUGGGUUCGAUUGGACGCUAACAGACCCUGCCCUUUGGACGCGCUUUGGGCACCCUAUGAUCUGUUGAACACUCCCUUUUCUUUGGAUUCUUGAACACCAUUCUUCAGAUUCAUUCCUUCAUACAUAGGAUCCAACGAUCCAUCAUAUAUAUAUAUAUAUAUAUAUAUAUACACACACAACUAUACAUACAUAUAUUAAUGUUAGAGUAUAUAGUUAUAUACGAUACAUUUUGAGCUCUCUACGGAGCUUAAUUUCCGAUUGGUUUAAUGCAAGGGUGACAAGAUUUUUUAUGUAGAUUGGUACAGAUUUGAAGCGAACAUAAAUAAGGCGAUGCUGAUUCAAACUAGGAGGAGGAAAGGGUGAAUUUUGAAGUGAAAGGCAGUUGUCGUUGUAAUUGUGCCUUUGUUACUGUAUCAACGAUCGAAUAACUGUGCAUAGAAAGAGUUUCCAUAUGUUGGGUGGUGAAUUCCUCAACUUUUUAUUUCAACUUGAUAAUAAAUUUCUGUGUAUAUGAAGUACCAUUCCUUGUU